CCAAGGCAAGUGCGAUUUGCAAAGCUCUCUCGCUCACAAGAACCUGAAGCGCAUUGCCGUUUAACAUCCUCCUCCUCCUCCUCCUCCUCCUCCUCAAGUUCACAGCCCAAACGCUUGAUCAACCCCACGAGGCACGAUGAUCACGGGGUCGGACUUCUACCACGUCAUGACGGCUAUGGUGCCGCUGUACGUGGCGAUGAUCCUAGCCUUCGGCUCCGUCCGGUGGUGGCGCAUCUUCACUCCGGACCAGUGCUCCGGCAUCAACCGCUUCGUCGCCCUCUUCGCCGUCCCCCUCCUCUCCUUCCACUUCAUCUCCUCCAACAACCCUUUUUCCAUGAACCUCCGCUUCCUCGCCGCGGACUCACUCCAGAAGCUCCUUAUCCUCCUCGCCCUUGCCCUCUGGUCCCACCUCUCCCGCCGCGGCUCCCUUGACUGGUCCAUCACCCUCUUCUCCCUCGCCACCCUCCCCAACACCCUAGUCAUGGGCAUCCCCCUCCUCCGCGGCAUGUACGGCCCCUACUCCGGUGACCUCAUGGUCCAGAUAGUCGUCCUCCAGUGCAUCAUCUGGUACACUCUUAUGCUUUUCCUGUUCGAGUACCGUGCCGCGCGAACCCUCAUCUCCAACCAGUUCCCUGGAGCCGCCGCCGCGUCCAUCGUCUCCAUCCAAGUCGACCCUGACGUCGUCUCCCUAGAUGGCUCCCGGCAGCCCCUCGAGACUGAGGCUGAGGUAGGCAGCGAUGGCAAGCUCCGCGUCACCGUCCGCCGCUCCAGCGCCUCAAGGUCGGACGUCUUCAAGCCCACGGCAUGGCUCUCCCCACGGCCGUCGAACCUGACCAAUGCUGAGAUCUACUCACUGCAGUCGUCACGGAACCCCACACCAAGGGGGUCCAGCUUCAACCAUGCCGACCUCUACUCCAUGGCCACUGGGCUCGGAGGCGGAGGGAGGGGGUCAAACUUCGGGUCCACCGACGUCUACGGCCUAUCGGCGCCGCUCGGCCUGACGCCAAGGCCAUCGAAUUACGAGGAGGAUAACAAGCUGCCGAGGUUCCCAUAUGGUGGAGGUGGCACGGCGGGUAAUUACCCGGCCCCAAAUCCAGGGAUGUUCUCGCCAAAGAGCGGCGGUGGGAGCGGAGGGAAGAGGGCGAAUGGGCAAGGAGGGAAGAGAGGGGGCGAAGAUGGCGGUGGUGGUGGUCGGAGGGAUCUCCACAUGUUUGUCUGGAGCUCAAGCACUUCUCCAGUUUCUGACGUGUUCGGUCAUAACCAUGACUUGCCCACUGGUGCAACUCAUGACAAAGUGGAUCAGAAUCAUAGUAAAGAAGGUGAUCAUCAACUGGAGAGAGAUGAGUUCAGCUUUAGAAACCGGAGGGCAGAGAACGUCGAAGCGGGCGGCGGGGAUGCGAUGCCACCAACGAGCGUGAUGACGAGGCUGAUCCUGAUCAUGGUGUGGAGGAAGCUUAUCCGGAACCCUAACACCUACUCCAGCUUGAUUGGCAUCACUUGGUCCCUCGUCUCCUUCAGGUGGAACAUCGAGAUGCCUGCAAUCAUCGCCAAGUCCAUUUCCAUACUGUCAGAUGCAGGACUUGGCAUGGCCAUGUUCAGUCUUGGAUUGUUCAUGGCAUUGCAACCGAGGAUCAUAGCCUGCGGGAAUUCCAUCGCAACUUUUGCCAUGGCUGUCAGAUUCCUCACCGGUCCGGCCGUCAUGGCCGCUGCCUCCCUUCUUAUUGGCCUUAGGGGGGAUCUCCUACGUGUCGCCAUCGUACAGGCAGCUCUUCCACAGGGGAUUGUCCCCUUUGUCUUUGCCAAAGAAUACAGCCUACACCCCGACAUUCUUAGCACAGCUGUAAUAUUCGGGAUGUUGAUCGCCUUGCCAAUUACACUCGUCUACUACAUUUUAUUGGGCAUAUGAAGAGCGAAGAGAAACUCCAAAAAUCUUGGAGAGAUAAUGAAGAAUUCGACUUCUUAAUUCGCUUGCCAGUUCACGGGAUCCGCAGAGAAAUGGUGGAGAACAUAUCA